AUGUCAUACUCCUGUACUGAAAAACUAUGGAAACCAAUCAUUAGACCUCCAAGACACUAUUAUUAAUUAAAAGAUUUAGGCAAUCAAAUCACAAUGGUUAUUGAUACAGUUACGAAACGAACAGAUUUUGAAAUUGUGAAUAAAAGAAAACUUACAUUAUAAUGUAGGUACACUCUAAACAAAUAUUACCAGUCUAUUUGAACCUGUGAGAGUUCAAGAUCGGUAACACUCUUGUAUGAUUUAUUUGCAUGGAAACUCUAGCAGCCGAGUUGAAGCAUUGACAAUUUUAGAAUACUUGAUCCCUUAUAACAUAGCAGUUUGCGGAAUUGAUUUAUCAGGUAAGCCAUCGCUCAUUUAUCCAGGUUCUGGACAUUCUGAAGGUGUUUACAUUUCUCUUGGUUAUUAUGAAUCCCAAGAUGUACAGAGUCUUAUUGAUUAUCUACGAGAUCAUAAAGUAAGAUACAACUUUAAUAAUAGAGCCUUACAUAACUUAAAUAGGGUUAUGGGGUAGAUCUAUGGGUUCAGUAACAGCUAUUCUAAGUGCCAGUUAGAAUGAAGAUAUUAAGGUUUUAGUUUGUGAUAGUCCCUUUUCUAAUUUGACUCUUUUGUGUAAAGAAAUUGCAACUUUUGGUUAUGGAGUACCUGGUUGUUGUUUUGAUUGUUUUUUUUGUUUUGUAAAAUCAAAAAUUAGAAAGGAAGCUAAUUUUAAUGUGGAUGAUCUGAAUGUUAUUUAAAUAAUAGGAAGUAAUAUUUUGUUAGCUUACAAAUACUAGAUCUUUCAUCUUAAGUUUCAAUUGCAUUUUUGAGUGCUAAUUAAGAUUAAUUGAUUCCUUCAAAACAUGCUAAAUAAUUGCAUUGUUUUUUUAAAGGAACUAAAUUACUUAAAUCAUUUGAUGGCCAUCACAAUUCAAAAAGACCAAAUGAUGUUAUGAAAGAAGUGGCAGAUUUUGUUAUUUCUUAAUUGGGCAAAUAACAAAGUGAUUAACCUUAGAGUUCAAGAGAUACUAAAUUAUUGUUACUACACAAUUAAAGAGAAAAGAUAUCUUUCCAAUAUGAUGAAGUACAUCCAAUAAUGACUGGAGGUUAAAUUUCGAAUAAUGAAUAAAAUAUAACAAAAUGA